AAAACCUAGUUACAUGUGGCUAAUUGAGAUCAGCUGAUAAUCCUGGACCCGAGAAUGUGGAAGGGGCCCCUGUGUUUGCCAUUGGAGAACCACUUCCAGUGUGCCCAGGUUACUCGCGGCAGCCGGAGGAGAGAGAUUAGGAAGAAACAGCAAGAAGUAGUGGGCUUUUUGGAAGCCAACAAAAUUGACUUUAAGGAAUUUGAUAUUGCUGGUGAUGAAGACAACAGGAGAUGGAUGAGAGAGAAUGUACCUGGAGAGAAAAAACCACAAAAUGGAAUUCCUCUUCCUCCACAGAUCUUUAAUGAGGAGCAGUAUUGUGGGGAUUUUGAAUCUUUCUUCUCUGCAAAAGAAGAAAAUAUUAUAUAUUCAUUCCUUGGCUUGGCACCUCCUCCAGGUUCAAAGGUGCCAGAAACAACUGAGGAAACAUCAUCUCUUCCGAAUGGCGAACUUGUAGGAGGGGAACAGAGCUCUAUGGAAGGAAUCGACAAUGCUGAAGCAAGUGGAAACAAUGAGGUGCAUAAAGAAGACAACGAAGAUGGAGACAGUCCUGAAUCAGAAGUCAAACAGGAUGAGACGACAGAAGAAGAAGAAAAAGAGGUAGCAGAAGAAGAAGAAAAAGGAGAAGAGGAAGAAAAGGAGGAAGCAGAAGAGGAAGAAGAUUCUUAGUUUUUUUCACACUUAAUUUCUUCAAGUUUCUCAGGUAAACAAGUAUCCAGAGAUGGAAGUGUAAAGGUAAAAAAAGUAAAAAGUGGUAGCAGGAGCCACAGGCAUAUUGGUGACCACAACAUCCAGUGGCGUGGCAGUGACUGACAUCAGAAUGAAGCUUCUACUUCAGAAAGCUUUCCUUUGGCAUGAGAGAGGUCCCAGAAAGAUCACGAUUGACUAUUUGACUAGAAAAUACUUGGUGAACAAAACCAAAUGCAUCCAAGACUAGAAGGGAAACAACAAGCUAGGAAUUUGUUUUUAUACCAAGUGUUUCUAACAAAGGCUUCAUGUCUCAAAUAUAUAGAGAACUGAGUCAAAUUUAUAAGAAUAUCAGACAUUCCCCAAUUGAUAAAUGCCCAAAAGAUAUGGACAGGCUGUUCUCAGAUGAAGAAAUGAAAACCAUCUUUUGCCCUGCGAAAAAAUGCAUGUGCAUAUUAUUUGACCCAGCAACAUCACUAUUAGGUCUGUAUCCCAGAGACUUUAAAGAUAGGAGGAAAGGAUCUAUUUGUACAAAGAUAUUUAUAGCAGCUCUUUCUGUGGUGGCAAAGAAGCAGCAACUGAAGGGAUGUCCAUCAUUUGGGGAACAGCUGAGGAAGUUGUGGUAGGUGAUUGUAAUGGACUACUGUUGUGCUGUAAGAAAUGAGAAACAAGAUAUCGUGAAAAAGCCUUCAAAGACUUGUAUGAUGUGAUGGAAAAGAGAACAUCAUAUAAAGUAACAGCAAUAAUGUACAAUGAUCAACUGCGAGUGACUCAACUAUUAUCAGCAUUGCAAGGAUCCAAGGCAACUUCAGGAGAUUCAUGAUGAAAAAUGCCACCCACCACCACAGAAAGAACUGAUGGAGCUGUAGCAGUGGAAAUUACAGGGUGCAAGGGAAUGAUUGACAAGGCAUGAGAUCGGAAUCUUCCUGAGCCUGGUUGGGUCAGAAUUCCUAGAGACAGUUGAUCAACUGUCACUCUGGACCUGAGAGAGAAAGGAGACAGGUGUGUGUGUGUGUGUGUGUGUGUGUGUGUGUGUGUGUGUGUGUGUGCGUGUGUGUAUCAUCUUGAUGCCCAUCUAUCAAGUUACUGGCCUUUCUAAUAUCUCCCCUGCUGGACAGUGAUUGAAGAGUGGAAUGAAUAUCUACUUGGAAGGGACCACCUGUUGUGGAAGAGGCAUGAAGAGAGAAAGGUUUGGAAGGACAAGCCAAGAUGCAAGAGACUAAGUUGGGGACCUGUCUUGUCAAUCAAGACGAAGAUUCUAAAAUGGAAUGUUCCCAGGAGGAGUGGCAGUUGAGCUGACGAGGGGGAGGGGAUUGGGAGUGUCACACUCUCUCUCUGGCAGUUGAGGCUGGCUGAAGACCCGGAUUGUGCUGGCUUGUUUUGGGGGGCUUUCUGAUCAAGGGGAGACCCCUGUGCUCUCUGAGAUUUUGACUGACCAAGAGGUGGGGUUUUUCUGGCCAUAGAGAGAGGAGAAGAAGGAGAAACUUAGCUUUUGAGCUAGUUGUCCCUCUCUGAGAGUUAAGCUGGCCAGGAGAAACUGAGAGACCUUGAUGGUGUUGUAAAAGAAGAAAGAAGAUCUUAGCUGUUGUCCUCCAUUUUUCUAACUGUUCCUCUUCUCACCUUUGUUACUGGACUAUUUCCAUAACCCUCUCAAAUUCCCCUUAUAGAUUAGGGAAACCCUUAUCCCACUUUCCUCAGUUUCCCAUCCUGUUAUCCCAAUAAACCUCUACUUGAAAAAGG